CUUACGAAAGCGGUAGUAGCGCCUCACCCGACGGUGUGUCAGACGCGGCUCCUCCAGAAGUUUUGCGCCCGACCCCGAUCACCUCACCCGGACUCUCAAAUCUGCGUCAAACCCCUCAUCAGUUCACGGUUCUUCUGGGUUAUGGAACUGGAUAAAAUGGACGAAAACGACUGGAAAUAUCACGGGGAGGGCAACAAGAGCCUGGUCGUGUCUCACUUGCAGCACUGUCGAGUUCUUCGUCUGCUGAAGUUUCCCUCUGAAGACUCUGCACAUACACGACAGACCGCAGAACAAGCUUUUCGACACAUCCUAAACAUCGUGGAUUAUAGUAAAUAUGUCAUGAAGCCUUUACUGGAGGAGAAAUACGUUCACAGUGGAGAGGUUGUUAAACUACCACUGGACUUUGUGAGACAGCUGUCGCUGAAGGUCCAACAAGAACGACCUGAACUGCGCUGUGAUAAGGUCAUGGACACUUUCAGUGGGUGUGGUUUAUGCCUUCCCAACCUGACCCAACUUCCCCUCCACCAUCUCAGAGACCACAGACCUCCAAUCUGCGUUGAGAUUAAGCCAAAAUGUGGAUUUCUACCCUUUUCAAGACACAUAACCAAGGAAUGUAAGCGCAAAGUUUGCAGAUUCUGCAUGCAUCAGCAUUACAAGUUAGCCAAUGGGAAGUGGAAGCGAUUGAGCAGAUAUUGCCCUCUGGAUCUCUUCUCAGGGAGCAAACAGCGAAUGUUCGUUGCAUUAAAGAAUCUGUUAGAGGAACCACAAAACAACUUGAAAAUCUUUAAGGGUGGAGAGUUGAUAUUUAGCUGUAAAGAUGAUGCCAAGCAGCAACCCGAACUGAACGAUCUCAUUCAACACCUUCGGCCUUAUUUCUCUCAUAUUAACGGCCUCUAUAACGGCCACCAGCCAGGCAAAGCCGUCCUGAACGAGUUCAUUCAGGUGAUCUGCUCUGCUCUGCUCAGCGGCGGGGACUCGAAUCGCUCCGGAGAGCCAAGGAAGGUGCACCUGUCCGAGAGCAGGCCGCACUGUGAAGCCAGUCCCUUCCCAAGAGACCUGCUCCGCAACGGUAACCACGGUCUCCCUAAAGACAGUGUCCUUGCAAAAAUCCUCCAAGUCCAGAUGCUGGAUAACCUGGAUAUCGAAGGAAUCUACCCUUUGUACAAACGUGUGGAGCAGUAUCUAGAAGAGUUCCCGAAAGAAAGAAACCGACUGCAGAUAGAUGGGCCUUAUAAUGAGAGUUUCAUGGACAUGGUGAAAAACUGUCCUGCUGAAGACGACGGCUCUGUAGAAUACGCAGUUGGGAAGGUUUAUCAGUAUAGAGUUGCAAUGACCGCCAAAGACUGCUCAGUCAUGAUCACGUUUGCACCCGACGAGGAAGACGAGGAACAGCAGUUGAAUCUGGAGAAGCCUCGUUUCACAUAUUCCAUCUCCAUCCUGGAUCUGGACCCCAAACCAUAUGAAGGCAUCCCUCACCAGUACAAGCUGGACACCAAAAUCGUCAACUACUACCUGCGGAGCACGCAAGCUCCGCCCCCCUCCAGCCUAUAUAAGGAAAGGCAGGAGUGUACGCUGCUCUUCCAUGCUGUAUGAGACACCUCCACAAGUGCUGCUAGGGAAAUACCCAGAAGUGCAGUUGAAGUAGUGAUACCGUUAGUUUUCUUCUUUUUGUUUGCUAUUCUGUCUAGUUUUUUGCCCUCCCACAGGAUUCCGCCACAUGAAGUUGGCAGCGAUGGCGGCGUUCGCAGUUGUUUGCCAGAGCGACCUUUCUUUUCGAGGGUGAUGUUCUCAUUGGGGCUGGUCUCCUAAAGCACAGAAUACCUGAAUGAGUCUGUCAUUGGCUGUAAAGAGGGAGGACAAGGAGUCUCUGUGUGUUUUUGUGCAGUGCUGGGUUUUUCUCGCACGCAGCAGUGCAACUGUGGUUUCCAAGUGCCAAAACUGGCUCGAAGCGAUUUCCUCUAGUGAAUGUUUUACCGUGCAUCAGCUUGGCCGUGUCUGCAGUCGCUGUCCAGGCAGUUUGGAAUUCAAAAACAGAAAAGUACUUUCAUCCCUAGAGCUCCUCAAACCACUGACCCUCCGCGAGCUACAGUAGCGGGAUUUAUACUGACAAGCACAGACCUAUUGCAUGCUAGCUAAUGAGGUCGCGUUAACACCGUCACUACCCGAAAGAUAGAUUUGAUAAAUUAGAGGAUAAGUCUAAUGACAUUACUCGCUAAUGAAAGUGUAUUUUUGUAACAUACGCUUGGCUGGCGUAACCGUUUACCACCAUAUACACAUCGAAGUGUCUUCUUAACAAGCGGUUAACAAUAAAACAUUUUUUACUAACCCAUGUCAUUCCAAACCCAUUUGAUAGAAUUGUUACGCAGCUUGUCAGUUCAUAGUGUGUCAUGUCUGAAUUGUGUAUGAACACAACUUUUUUUUUUGAACAAUCAUCAGUGAAUCAGGACUUAGUUUUGAGUGAAGAACAGACUAAGUUUUGUUGUUCAAGUAGUGCGCGAGUGAAAUUAACUACAUUUGUUGCAUUCGAGCUUGACAAUACUUGGCCACAUACAAACUGUUGUGUAACAAUUCUUCAAAAAUCAGUAUGCAGACAUGAUGGUGUGCAAAUAAUUAGUCCAUCACCUCAAACACCACCGUUUUCCCCAGAAAUGCAAAAAUAUGCUUUCUGUCCAUCAACGAUUGCUUUGUCUCAGAGUUUGACACUAAUACACUUAGUUGUUGUCUGUUUUGAAACCGUAGAGCAGAAAACAACCAAAGGAAUCCAACCCCAGCAUCUCGGAUGCUACCAUGGUUGUGUUCGGAUUGAGUUUUAAAAGCCGUAAUUGGUUGCAGAGCCAUUAUACGACCAAAAAUGGACAGCAUGCCAGUUUUAGUCAUUCGCACAAGUAAAAAGAUGAUCUAGUAGGUUUUCCCAACAGUGAAGAUUAUUAUUAUUUUUCUUCAAAAGAAGCAGUAUAGGCCACAGAAAUGGUAGUGUUGAUUUAAAAUGAGUUGCAAGUUUGGCGCCUUUGACCCCAAAAAAACAACCACAGUGAGAUGGUUUGCAUAGAUUGUAUGCUGCAACUUUAACACUAAAGAUGGCACCUCAUGGUCUACUUUCUUUGUCAUGGGAAGUAUUACUGUUACAAUAUACUGUGGCAUGAGAGAUACUCAUGCGCCUGUUUACCUCCUUUGGCGUGAUGCAAACUGCGUCGGCUUGCUUUUCUCCAAGUCAAUGCAGUUCUCAUCAGGCGAAUAUUUUUUGAGUUUUACAUGGAUGAAUAUUCAACAUUGCCAAAUUGUUCACAAUCCCCUUUGUCUUAAAGUGAACUGGUGUCAAGAGAAGUAUUAAUACGCCUUACCUGUGAGUGAAAACGUCUUGUCCAACCAAUGGCGUUUAUUUGACUGUCAUGUUAUGAUGUAACUGAUUGAGCAUUUCAUUACUCUAUUUGCCUUUGUUUUAACAACAUCUUUCCCGUUGAACCAGACGAGCCAGAGAUUUUAAGAGUCUUAGGUGGGACACUGUGUUAUUCUAAUGAAAUAAAGAUUUAUAAUCACUAUGUA